UGGUAGUGUGUGUAAUGUUUUUGUUAUUGACAUAAUGUAUUUUUCACGCAUAAUAAAAAAAAAAAAGCAUUCUGCACUCCUUCUCCAUAUUCUCUGCGAAGUGAGUGCGGGAAAAGUCAUACUCCUCCGUCCGCGUAAUUUUCGUAAAAAGGAGUACAAAGUUUUUGCUUCACGUAUUAAUUUAAAGAUUUUCGCGGGUUUUCGGUCAAUCGUUACGUAAUUCAGGAUUCCGAUGCAGGGGAAAUGAUUGCAAUCCUCGGUUUCUCCAGCUAACGUGAACAAUGGGUGCAUGCUCGUUGCGAUGCAUCCGACAUGGUCAACUGGCAAUAAUAUCGAUUAGUUUUUACCCGAGUGCAUAAUCGUAUUCAAAUAGGACAGCAUCGCAUUAGCGUUGGUAAUACGAUGUUAACAAUUUUCGGUGCGGUAUAAAAGUGCGUGCAAUUUUGUACAAAACAUAACAACUGCAGUCGAUUGUGCGAUCCGGUGGUGUCUCAGCCAACAAAACGAUUACAAAUUAAACAUGUCUCGACUUACGAUUCUCUUUGUCAUCGCCGUGGCGUAUGAAGCUCUUGGAGAUGGCGCAGUUAAGGACUCUCGUGCAGAACAAUCAGGCUAUAUAGGACAUUCACUGGCCGGUCUUGGAAGCUUAGGAGUGGGAGGAGCGUACAUUGGCGGGCCGGCCGCCAUUGGAGUCGCAGCUCCGGCUGUAGUUGCUGCCGCUCCUGCUCUCGGCAGUGGAGCAGCACUGAACAAUGCUGCAGCUGUCGGGGCCGCUCAGCUCAGUGCCAUCCAGAAUGCACAGGCCGUGCAAGCCGCUCAUAUCGCUAAUUCCGCUGCCGCUGCUAUCCAGGGGGCCCGCGUCACCGAAGCUGCCGCUAGGGCCGGACAAGCUCAAGCGAUCACGAAUGCCAGAGCUUUGGAUGCAGCUCGCGUCGCUAACAUUCAGAGAGCUCAGGCUGCCGCGUGGGAAAAUGCCAGAGCCGCCGAAGCCGCCAGACGUGCCGCCGCCGCCAGUGCCGCUGAAGUCGCCCGCGCUGUUGAAGCCGAACGCUUGGCCAACGCUGCCCGUGUUCAAGCUGUUGCCAUCGCUAACACUAGAGCAGUAGAAGCCGCCCGUAUCGCCAACGCGGCUAGAGCUCAGGCUGCCGCCGUGGCUACUAGUGCAGCUCAGGCCCAGGCUGUAGCUGAUGCCGUCGCUAGAAACGCCGGUGCUUUGGAAGGUGCUGUUUUGGUGGGUGGGGGAGGACUGGUCGCUGCUGGCGGGCUCGGUUCCGGCCUGGCUUACGGCAUCGGACACGGCUACGGUGCUGGAUACGGCUACGGUGCAGGAUACGGCUUAGGCCACGGAUACACCGUAGGCCACGGUUACGGGGGCGGGAAAUACAUUCACUAAAUCACAAGACCAACGACUGAUAGUAAAGACGAAUACGGCAUUGAGAACAAUGUAAACAUUUCUAGGGCCAUUUUAUUUCAUUCACACAGAAAUAAAUGGUUCACGGCAAUAAUGCAAUGUUUUGGCUUAAAAGGACAUGAACUUGUAAAUAUUUCAAAAUUUGUAAAUAUGUUAUGGCUAGGACUGUCUUGUAAUUAAACGAAUAUGCAAACACUUA